AUGGACGAUGUCCAUGGGGGAUCGAGCACGAUUGAAGGCUGUAGAAAGCAGAUUCGUGAGGUGAACAGUAUGUUCGGAGCAGGAGGGCUGCCACUUCAGCAGUGGACAGCGAAUCAGUCUGAGUUGCUGCUCGAUAUUUCCAGUUCUAAGUUGCAGCUAGGAUGGGAUGAGCAGCUGGGAGAGGAGGUCGAGCAGCGUUGGAAUCAGUUUGCUCAGGAGAUCCAAGAUCUGGAGAUGAUUAAGGUACCUAGGCACUUCAACAUGAGUGACUCUACUGAACGUGUAGAACUUCAUGAGUUUGCUGAUGCUUCUGGUACUGUCUAUGGAGCUGUGGUAUAUCUUAAGGUUUUUGAUGUUGAUGGCACUGUGAGUAUCAGUCACGUAUCUUCUAAAUCCAAGUUAGCACCUAUCCGUGAUGGGGGGAAGGUUAAAAGGUCGAGUUCGAUCAAGGUCACGAUUCCCAGGCUUGAGCUUAUGGCUACAUCGCUGCUGGCUCGGCAUGUCGUUUCAGUGAAUAAGGCUCUUUGUGUGGAUAACUUGUCGAUUCAUCUGUGGACAGACUCGUCGGUGGCGCUGCACUGGAUUAAAGCGGAUGCUGCAAAAUAUAAGCAGUUCGUGAAGAACCGGGUUGAGGAGAGUCAAAGACUGGUGCUCAGGCUUGCUGGCGACAUGUUCCUGGGGAGUAUAAUCCUGCUGACUUGGUAUCAAGGGGAGUAUCGAUUUUUGGUAGAUGAGGCUGAGCAUCACGAGAGGAGGAAUGUAUCAGUGCAUUCAGCCUCUGAAGCUAAGACUUAUCAAGUUUGGGACGUGAUGGAGCGCUAUGAUUCAUUGAAGAAGCUGCUGGUGCCUCGUGAGAUCGAGGAUGCGAGGAUUUUUUGGAUUAGAGAGACCCAGGCUGAGGGUUUUGCUGAGAAUGUCACGAGUCUAAGGGAAUCGAAGUGUGUGGCUCGGGCGAGCCCUCUGUAUCGUCUUGUGCCUUUCAUCGACAGUAGAGGCAUUAUUUGCCUGACUGGAAGACUGCAAAAAUCUUUUCUUGAGAAGGACUUUAAGCAUCCAGCAAUUCUGCCUUCUCGCUCAAGGUUCACGGAGCUAGUUUUGCAACAAAUCCAUCCUCAGACUUUUUAUGGUGGGGUCCAGUUAAUGUUAGCGACUUUGAGGAGGAGGUACUGGAUCUUGAGAGGAAGAAGACCAGUCAAGAGCGUCAUUUAUCGCUGCGUAACUUGUGCUCAGUUUCGUGGAGAAGCUGCGAAGCAGCUUAUGGGGCAAUUGCCGCUGAGGAGAAUCACUCAUGCUCGCCCAUUUCUUCAUAGUAGAGUCGAUUAUGUUGGACCUCUGACUUUGCUGACUUGGAGAGGCCGAGGUGCAAAGACUUUCAAGGGGUUUCUGGCUAUCUUCGUUUGCUUCACUACUUCUGCCGUCCACAUCGAAUUGGUGAGCGAUUAUAGCACUCAAGGGUUUCUAGCGUCUUAUAAAAGAUUCACAGCUAGACGUCGCAUCUGUUCUACGAUCACAAGUGACUGUGGAACUAAUGUUGUUGGAGCAAACAAGGCGUUGAGGCUGCUGUUUGAUGCUGCAGGGAAAGAAGCUAAUGUUAUCGCUCAUAGCCUUGUUAAGGAUGGGACUAAAUGGAUGUUUAAUCCCCCGGGAGCUCCUCAUCAUGGUGGAAAGUGGGAGGCUGCAGUUCGCUCUGCUAAAUUUCAUCUUAAGCGUGUGAUUGGAGACACUAAAAUGACCUAUGAGGGACUGUCUACUUUGCUGACCCAGGUGGAGGCUAUUCUUAACUCUAGACCGCUCUGUCAGCUGCCUGACGAUCAUGAGGAAUUUUCUGUGCUGACUCCUGGGCAUUUCCUGAUCGGUUCGGUGCUGACGACUGUUCAUGAGCCUUUGCUGAGGCAUCUACCUAUCUCUAGGCUGUCCAGAUAUCAGCAUAUCCGUCAGAUGACAGAGAGGUUCUGA